AUGUCUAUCCAGACUGUGGAAUUCGAGAAGCUCAUGUUCCAUUUCCUGGCAGCUUUGCCGGUAAUGGCUGUUGUCAUGUCAACUUUCUUCUCAGCCUUCGGUCGUCUCACAUGGCCUCAAGCCUUUGCGAAGUCUGUUAUCAUCGAGACGGUUUUCAAUCUGAGCUGCCUCCUCAGCAUCGGCAUCUACCGCUUGCUAUUCCACCGAUGUGGAAGGUUCCCCGGGCCGAUGGGAGCAAAGCUCAGCCGUUUUUGGACUUCAUAUACUUCGAUCAAGAACUUCCAAUACCACAAGGAGUUAGAGAAGAUGCAGGCCAAGUACGGCGACUUCGUACGCACAGGACCGCGUGAGAUCACUGUCACUCGUGCUUCAGCCGUCAAUGCAAUAUACGGUCCGGCAUCAAAAUUGCUCAAGUCAACAUGCUUUGAUGUUAUCGGCGAAGUCGCAUUCGGAAAAGACUUCGGAAACCUCGCCACUGGUACCGAGCAUUCAGCACUUAAACCAAUUCAUGAGCAUAUCAAGGUCUUCGCAGUCUUAGGCCACUUACCAUGGUUGAUGAACAUUAUGACCAGCAUCCCUAGCGCUUCAAGUAUAUACACCGAAAUCUUCAGCUUUUGUGAGGACGAGAUCCGGGCUAAGCAGAAGUUGUGGGACAGUGAGAAAUGUCCGAGCGACAUCGUAUCAUGGCUGCUCAAGGCUGUGCAUGACAAGGACGCUUCCGCAGCUCCAACAACCGAAGCCCUUGAGUAUGACUCAAGACUGGUCCUUCUGGCUGGCAGUGAUACGGCGUCCAGUACGUUAGCCAAUGCUCUGUUCUUUCUUUGCAAGAAUGUGGGAGCACAGGAAAAGCUGCGUGAGCAGCUCCGACAGGUUAUGCCCGGGGGAUCUCGGCAGUGGGAUUACGAGAAAGUGCAACUCGUCACAUUUCUGGACGACAUCAUCGCCGAGACCCUCCGCCUGAGGCCAGCAGUUCUCGUUGCCGGGUCUCGUGAGACCCCACCGGCAGGCCUCCAGAUCGACGAAGUACAUAUCCCUGGGAACACCAAUGUUCUAGUGCCCGUGUACAACAUCCAGAGGGACCCACGCUAUUGGCCGCAGGCCGGCGAGUUCAUACCGGAGCGGUGGGGGGACAGACGGUCAGAGAUGGGGACCGACAAGGCACCCUAUUUCCCAUUCUUGGCUGGGGCGUAUUCAUGUCCGGGCAAGAAUCUUGCAUACAUGAGCUUGCGUAUUGCGCUUUCAACACUCGUGCAGAAAUUCGACAUCUCAUUUGCCGCAGGAGAAAGUGGGACUGCUUUUGAGAACGAUGAUCUGGAUACGUUUGUUGUCACGCUGCCGCCGCUGCACAUCACUUUCACUCCUCUUUGA